UUCAAUCGACUACUCAGAAAAUAGUUGAUUGAUUCAUUAACUGAAACAAUAAUUAUUUGCUGCAGCCCUGAAUAAAAUGUGAGCCUGCUAUGUCCCUUCAUGAGUCCAUACAGUGUAACGUGUCUCAAACUUCAGUCUACAGUCUGAAGCAGGACACUUUGAAUGUGCUGUGUCUGGUCUGCGCUGGGUCUGUGAGGAGAAGGCCAGCCUUAAGUACCACUUCUGUUCUUGGGAGGGACACAUGGAGAAGAUGGAGCAUAUACAUUACAUGCCUGCAGGUCCCUUAAUGGAUGUCACAGUCAUGACUGGGACGUUAAAAGAAGUCUACCUGCCACACUUGAUUUGCAUUGACGACAUCCCAGAUAUACUGAACCAGUUUGCAGUGCUUCACAUAAAUGACUGUGGAGACGAAGUGGAAGAAGUGUCCGAGGUCACAGCAUCACACGUCAAGUUAAAGGAACCGAUUUUCUCCCCGAGGGGGGUCCUGAUGAGAGCUGACUUACCCGUGAAAAUCAACUGUAACGUGUUGAUAUAUCAGACCAACACAGCUUUCCUCACUCUGCAUGUUUAUCUGAUCCCACGGGACGAUGGUCUGAAACAGGCAAUCACCCAGGAGAAAUUAUCAGAGGGUUGCAAAGAAAUCCGAAAGACAAAACCAGAGAAAUCUCUAAAAUUUAGAAAUCGUUUUCUCCUGACAGCAGAUGUGGAUGGUGCAGAAAUCUAUCCUGAAGAGGGGUUAAAGCUCAGAUAUGACACUGACCCAAACUUCUUUGAGGUGUACAUUAAGAAUCCAAACAGAGACUUCCAUCUCAAGCUCACAAAGAGAAAUGAGCUCCAGUCAGUUUGGAUGUGUCCAGUACGAGAAGAGAACCUCUCAGAUCCUUUCAGACCAGCUCGAUGUUCAUCUUGUCUUCCCUGCUGCUUGUUUUUCAGGUGAAUAAAGAAGUACUGAUCCUC